AUGUCUUCCAAGAUCCCGGGCGUCAUCCAGAAUGUCGACCCGCAAGAGCUGUACGACGUGAUGUGCGGCGCCGCCUCGCAGGACCCCGCGCUCAUGGAGAAGUCGACGUUCCGGCUCAAGAUCAUGCUGGACUACUUCGGCGCGUUCGACGCGCUGCACGAGAUCGCGGCGCAGAAGAGCGUGCCGCUCCCCGUGCGGCAGCAGUCGAUCAUACAGUUCAAGAACGCGGCGCUCAGCCAUUGGAGGUCAAGGAGACUUGUGUCCGAUGAGCAUCGUAUUAGGAUACGCCAGAGGUGUUUGUCGUUCCUGGAUGAACCAGACGAUAUCAUCGCAGAAUGCAACGAAAUCAUAGUCUCGAAGAUUGCGCGGCAGGACUAUCCCAAUAACUGGUCUUACCUUAUACCAGACUUGAGACGCACGAUCGAGGAGAACCUGCGUGCGCGCUACAGCACCGCGGUUCCCGACGAACGCUCAGCACUCGUGCUCGUCCGAAGUCUGAGGCUCGUAAACGAGGUUUUGAAGGAGUUCGGGAGUAUCAAGAUGCCAGGGGGAAUGAAGACCAUGGCUAAAAUUGUCGAAGACUUGCAUUUAGAUUUCUAUGGCUACUAUGCGAAGCUUGGUCCUACGAUCACGUCCACCCUGUCGCCCGAAACUGUGAACCAGCCCCGGGUAGCGGAAGAUCUGACUAUCUCCCACCUCGUAUUCAAAUGUAUGGUCAAGAUGACUACUUGGGUGUGGCACAGACCAACUAUGGACGAGGUCGCGAAGUUUCUAGACUGGGCGAAGCAAUUCUUCCGCGACUCCGCGGUGCAGUUACAGGCCCUCUCCGAACUCCGCAUAAAUCUGCUCAUCGCUUUGCGCUCGGCAAACGCUAACGUGGACGCCAUCGGGAGGCGCAAUAUCGAUCUGCUCACCCGACACGUUCGCGUUUUCGGGAAGCUCUUCCGCAGGUUCCAACAGCUCGACGUGAAGCGGUUCGUCCUACUUGAAGGCUGCUCUGAUCUCGUAUUCUAUUACUGGAGCAAAGUUGUCCAAGCCACAAAUAGUCCACCGGAAUUUGUUGAGGAUUCUCCGGAUGCCGUGUUCCCGGUCCGCUUCCUCGUGCAGGCUAUGGUUCUCUUCAAGGAAAAUCUUGCCCAGUGGGCUCCCGUUCGAAAAGACGGUUCAGUUAAUGAGAACAUGUUGAGCAAGGACGCAGUAGAAAAUGCUGUCCAAUUGCUUGUCACUCGGUUUAUCCCUCUGAACCCGUCGGACCUGGAAGAGUGGAUGGCCGAUCCGGAUGAAUGGGUAAACGAAGAAGACAAGGAGAAUGAUCACUGGGAAUACGAAGUCAGACCUUGUGCGGAACGGGUUCUCAUGACCCUUGCUAACCAGUACAAAGACUACGUCGUUCCCCUCCUAGCCGAGACGUUCAAAAGGGUUAUUUCUCAGCCCACCACCGAUCUGGCCAGUAUAGUGCAGAAAGAAGCGGUGUACUGCGCGAUCGGCCGCUGUGCGAUACGGUUGAAGGACGUCAUUCCGUUUGACCAAUGGUUGGAGCACACCCUCGUCCCCGAGUCUCAGGAGACGAACCCUUCUUACCCCAUUAUCAAGCGUCGUAUCGCAUGGGUCAUCGGAAAAUGGGUCUCUGACUCAUGUGCAUCUCCCAAAAACCCGACGAUUUGGCAAGUCCUGGUACAUCUCUUACAAGACAGGGGACCGGGUAGUGAUGCUGUCGUGCGUCUGACGGCAGUCGCGGCAUUGAGGGAAUGCGUGGAUACUAUUGACUUCGACCCCAAUAUAUUCGCACCGUUUUUGCCGCCUGCCAUGAAAGAGCUGCUAGCUCUUCUUGCUGAAGCUGAUAAUCUGGAGAGCAAGCGGCGCAUUAUAAAUACUCUCAAUUCGGUAGUUGAACGGUCUGGUACACUGAUUGUGCCGUUCCUGGGCGCUGUAACGGAGCCUCUUCCUAACCUCUGGUCCGGCGCUGGGGAGGAUUGGUUAUUCAAGGCUUCUCUGUUAACCACCGUCGAGAAGCUAUUACAGUCUUCGCAAGAGCAUUCAAGGCCGUUGACCAAUAUAGUGGUUCCUCUUGUCCAGGAGUGCCUUUCCCCUGGCGCCAGAUUGCAACUGGAAGAAGACGGACUCUCGAUGUGGCAAGUCGCCAUGCGCAACGCUGUGUCACUGGACAGCGGUGAUGGAGGGCGUAGCCUUCUGGAGCUUCUUCCUAUUGCUCUGACACUGCUAGCCGAAGAUCUAGAUGUACGAGCCCAAGUUAUCGGUAUCGUCGAAUCCUACUUGAUCCUAGAUGCUACCCGCGUCUUGCAACUCUGUGCAGUUGACUUGUUUAAUUCGUACGUGAAGGCUCUACCACAAGGAGUCUCGUCGGAUCAGAAAAGUAUGCUCGGCACUCUUCAGUUGCUCGUGCAGAUUGCACCCCCACAGCUUUGGGCUGAGCCGUUGCAUGUUUCGGGGCUAUUUCCAUUGCUCAUGAAGCCAUUGGUCGAUGACAAUAUUUCUGUCACACUCCUCACGGAACACGUCUACGUCCUUGCCCGUAUAGUGCUCGCUGACCGAGAUAUGUUCCUCCGCUUGAUGUCUGCUGCGUCGAUCUCUAUGAAUACGCCUGAGAUAACGCUCUGGGAGGCUCUACUAGACCAGUGGUGGCAAAGGUUCGAUAACAUGUCCGAACCUCGAUACCGCAAGCUGGCAGCCAUGAGCAUUGCGAAUCUUGUGUCCACCGGGCGUCCCGAAGUCCUUGAGCGCCUGCACUCAGAGAUAUUCAACCUGUGGCUGGAUGUUUUCGGUGAGCUCAAGGAAGCCAAAGAACAAGCCGAUGGACACGCGGGUCUUGAGGGGCCCGCUAUCACUCUCUUUUGGGACCGCAACGAACCGGAUAGCGUCUUCUACCAGGAAUCGCAAGACACGCCGGAGCGCACCCGGCGUCAAGCAAUCUUCGACAACGACCCUAUCCGCACAGUACAACUGACCGCCUUCGUCGCGGCACGCCUGCAAGAAGCGGAAGCCUCUCUCGGUGGUGGAAACGUCAUACAGACGAGGUACCUCGCGAAGGCUGACCCCCUAGUCAUCCAGCAGAUACAGAAGUUGUUGGCCAGCGGUUUAUGAGGGCUUUUGGAGUCCAAGUGAUCUUUCGUUGGCGCAUCAGAUCUAUCUUAAUAUUAUACAGGUUGCAUCGUCGAAAGGAGUCGAGAAUUCAUUGCUAAUACCUUGACAUUAGUAUCCGCAUCUUGUUUACCCACCUAGAACAGUAAUGAAUUUCGUAUGAACGC